GCCGCCGCCGGGGCCUGGGACCCGGAUGGCCGUUUAGUCGGUGCUUAGACGCCGAGGCUGCCACAUCGGGCCUUGGACAAAUUACAAAGCAAGGGGGAGGGGGGGACAGCGUAAUCCGCCUCCAUCCUCCGCCUAGAAUUCCCUUCCGCCCCCGGGAAGCUCGUAUCCGGAUAGAGCGGACCGAGCCCGAUCAGACGAGUGGCACGUUUCGCAGGGAGCCAGGAGGAACCAUCGUACUCAAUGACCUUACAGCGCAAUGUCAGAUCGUUUGGGGCAAACAGCAAAGGGGAAGGAUGGAAAAAAGUAUUCGUCACUCAACCUGUUUGAUACAUACAAGGGCAAAUCCUUAGAAACACAGAAACCCACAGUUACUCCCCGCCAUGGCUUGCAGAGUCUCGGUAAAGUUGCCAUUGCCCGGCGCAUGCCACCCCCUGCAAACCUGCCAAGCUUAAAAGCGGAGAACAAAGGCAAUGACCCCAAUGUCUCACUAGUGCCGAAAGACGGGACAGGAUGGGCAAGCAAGCAGGAACAGCCAGACCCAAAGAGUACCGAUGCCUCGACAGCUCAGCCGCCGGAAUCGCAGUCGCCGCCGGCUUCACAGACGUCUGCCUCAAACCCACCGAAACGACCCCCAACAGCCCCCGAGAAUCCCCCUACAGUAGCAAGCGGGGCAAAGUCCUGGGCACAGGCCAGCGUUACCCAUGGAGCGCAAGGAGAUGGUGGAAAGGGAUCAAGCCUACUGUCGCGAUUCUCUCGCGAGGAAUUUCCGACCCUGCAGGCGGCUGGCGACCAGGACAAAGCUGGCAAAGAAAAGGACACUACCGAUGCGUCGUAUGGGCCCGGACCAAACCUCCGCCCCCAGAACGCUACCAGUUGGCGGGAUGGAGGUGGGCGGGGCACUGACGGGGAGCUGGUGCCCGAGGACGGACGGGCUGGGGUUGGCCUGCAGCCCAACGUCCCGCCUCAGUUCCCUCCCUACCGGGGGAUGAUGCCGCCAUUUAUGUAUCCCCCGUACCUCCCGUUCCCACCUCCAUAUGGGCCGCAGGGACCUUACCGCUACCCCACACCCGAGGCGCAGAGGUUCCAGCGGCUUCCAGGACCCCGCCCUUCGCAGCCUGCCACACGCGUGUCAGAGCCUGUGAGCCGGCCCCCCGUCCUCAAGCAGGAUGACCUGAAAGAAUUUGAUGAGCUGGACCAGGAGAAUGAUGAAGGCUGGGCAGGAGCCCAUGAAGAAGUAGACUAUACUGAGAAGCUGAAAUUCAGCGAUGAAGAGGAUGGGAAAGAGUCUGAUGAAGAAACCACUGAGAACCGCAAUGAUGAGGCUUCCGGCCCAGAAAGCCAGUCGUCAGGCACAGACAGCAAGAAGGCUGGAACUCCAAAAGAGGAUCAACCCCUCGUCAAAGCAGCCUGGGCUGAAAACGCACGUCCCCCAGAAGGUGGCAAAGAACCGCCGCCACCUGCUGCUGCAGUCCGGGCACCGCCGCCUCCGCCGCCACCACCCCCCAACCGGGGCAACUGGGGGCAACCCAAUGACUUCCCGGACCGCUCAAUACGGCCGCCCCCCCCAGAAGACGAGGAUGAAGCUUGGCGCCAGCGGCGGAAGCAGUCCUCCUCGGAGAUCUCUGCCGCGGUGGAGCGGGCCAGACGCCGGCGGGAAGAGGAGGAGCGGCGCAUGCAAGAGGAGCGGCGGGCGGCUUGCGCCGAGAAGCUCAAGCGCCUGGAUGAGAAGUUUGGAGCUCCAGACAAGCGCUUGAAGCCUGAGCCUCCCAAGGAGCCACCGCCUCCUGUCAUUGUGGCUGCUCCUCCCCCUCCCCCUCCAGCUCCCACCCCUGUGCCCCCCAACCCACCUGCCCCAGUUGCCCCUGAGGAGAAGAGAGAGAAAGAGGAGCCCGUGCUAGCCAGCAAACCUCACAGUGCUGUUGCGAGCAGCAGCGGCAGGAGCAGCUUGGACUCCUCCGGCACUGCUGAACCCGCUGUGGCUCCGCCUCCCAAGGAAGUCCCCGAAGUGCGGGAAGAGCCACCCACCUUGCCUGCUCCUGCUCUCCCAGCUGCUCCUGCCCCAGCCAAGGUGGAGCCCAAAGCCGAGACGGUCCUUCAGGCACGCCAGCCGCCUCCGGCUCAGACCCUCAGCUAUUCCAAGUAUCAGAAGUCAUUGCCUCCACGAUUCCAGCGACAGCAGCAGGAGCAGUUACUGAAGCAGCAGCAGCAAUGGCAGCAGCAACAGCAGCAACAACACAGCCAAGUCCAGCCCCCAAUGGCUUCCUCUUCCCAGCAGCAGGCAACAGGGGCUCCUCUGGCUGCCAUGGGCCCCUCAGGCAACGUCCAUGCUCAGCCUGGGCCAGCAGGGCAGCAGCAACCCCCAGCCCCGCCUCCAGCACAGCAGGCCCCGCCCAAAGGCAUGUACCCCGGCUCCAUUGGAAGGCCGCCCCCAAUGCCGCAGAUGAACUUUGAUCCUCGCUGGAUGAUGAUUCCGCCUUACAUGGACCCACGUGUGAUGCAAGGGCGGCCCCCCAUAGACUUCUACCCCCCUGGGGUCCAUCCUUCCGGUCUCUUGCCCCGUGAGCGAUCAGACAGCGGGGGCUCCAGUUCAGAGCAGUUUGAACGCCAUCCUCCGAUCCUCCGAGAGCGUGGCACUCCACCGGUUGAUCCCAAGCUGGCCUGGGCUGGAGAUGUCUUCACCAAUGCCCCUUCCGGUGCAGACUCGAGGUCUCAAACGGCAUCCCUUCGGCAGCAGGAAGAGGAAGAGAAGGGCUUACGGAGCGAGACCCCUCCGGUUCGCCUGCGUGAGGCCAUCACUCCCCAGCCCUACAUGGGGAACUACCAGGGUUUCUCUGAAAAUGGCAACCCUGCCUCAAUGCACCGCUUCCCAGUGGAUGAGCCACCGCGAGCAGGUCCCCCUUGGCAGGCCCCCAUGGCUCUGACGGCACCCACGGAGGUGAGCAGAAACGGGCGCCCUGAACCGCCAGUCCAGCUGCCCCGCAAGAGCGAGGAGGAGCCCCAACUGCUGCAUCGUGACCCCCCAGAAGAGAUCAAGACGGUUGAGUCUCCCAUCAUUCGACCAGUGGUGGCUAAGAAGCCUCCCUCGGAACAGCCCAAGGAGGAGCCUCUGGUCAAAGAGGAGGUCCUGCGGCGGAUGGAGAAGCCGCCACGGCAGCAGCAUGAAUUCCACAAGCAGCCGCGGCGCGAGUCCAAGACGGAGACGCGCUGGGGGCCCCGUCCUGGCAGCAGCCGGAGGAUUGAGGAGAUUUCCGGGGACAAGGCCCCACGGCGAGCCGGGCCCAUCAAGAAGCCGCCGCCGCUGCCCCCUAAGGAGGCAAAAGACGAAAGCGAGGAGAUGCGUUCUGCUGGGAAGGCUAAAGAGGGGGCCGAGGCAGCGGGCAGCAAACCCGAGCUCCCUAAAGAGUCUCCGAAGCCGGGCAAGGAGAACAAGGCCAAGCCGGUGGUGAACGGCGGAACAGUGAUGCCACCCAAAGAGCAGCAGCACGGCACACUGUCGCCGAGUCGGCGGCGCCGGGAGCCCCCAUACGAGCGUGGCGGCUACACCGGCCGGGGGCGGGCCAGGGGCCGAGGAGAGUACUUUGCCCGAGGGCGAGGUUUCCGGGGCGCCUAUAGCGGGCGCGGGAGAGGGGGGCGCGGGAGAAGCCGGGAGUUCCGCAGCUACCGCGAACCCUUCUACCGGCUGGAUGACGGCGUGGGCAAAGCAGCCGGGCCUGGCUCCACCUUCCGCCCACGCAACGCCAGCGAGACCCGCAGCGAAGGCUCGGAGUACGAAGAGAUACCCAAACGGCGGCGUCAGCGGGGCUCCGAGACGGGCAGUGAGACACACGAGAGUGCCAGUGACGUGGCCCACUCGGAUAAGGAGGUGACCAAGGAGCCAGCCCCCAGCCAUCGCAGUCGGGGCCCUCCUGUGACUUCUGCCAUGGCCCCCUCCUCACAGCACCCUGGCUUGCCUCGCUUUGCCGACAAACUGCCUCCGCGCCUCUCAGACCCUGGCACCCGUGGCGGGCGUGUUUUCACCCCUCGUGGCGUUCCCUCACGCCGGGGCCGAGGCGGUGGCCGUGCACCCCCUGGGGGUUGGAGCCCUCCUUCCAAGCCCCAGCCCAAUAAGAAGCCCGAGAAGCAGCAAGAGGCAGUUCUGGAGCCAUCGGGCAAAGAGAAGGCGCCGUCAGGCCCUCCAGCAAUGGCCCCAGAAGAAUCCGGCGGUUUCCAGCCCCCCAUAAAGCAGCAGCCACCUCCGCCACCUCUUGGCCCUGGCUCGGACCGUGGCUUUGACCGGCCACCCCGGCGCCGGCGCCACGGGCGUUCGCAGCAGCAGGACAAGCCGCCCCGGUUCCGGAGGCUGAAGCAGGAGCGCGAGAACGCAGCCCGACUCAACGGCGAGCAGAGGGCCGGCCAACCGUUCUCCCCAGCGCCUGCCGCCCCGCUCCCCGAGGAAUCGGUUGCCCGGCGCGUGGCUGGCACAAAAUCUCCCGACUUGUCCAACCAGAACUCGGACCAGGCGAAUGAGGAGUGGGAGACUGCUUCAGAGAGCAGCGACUUCACGGAGCGCCGGGGCGGCGGGGAGAAGGAACCGGCGCCUGGCGGGCCUCCCCCCACAGCCUUCCUCAAAGGUGGCUGCUCUGGGCCGCCUUCGGUGGGCGGGCGGCCCUCCAACAAUGAGCUCAGCUUAGCCCAGAGGAAGGAGAUGUCCAAGCGUAGCUUCUCCAGCCAGAGGCCUGGCAUGGAUCGGCAGAACCGACGAUCCAACCCCGGCCCAGGGGGAGGAGGCAAGGCCGGCCGCGGAGGGAGUGGUGGCGGGCGCAGCGGAGGGGACAAGAGGAGCUGGCCCUCUCCCAAGAAUCGCAGCCGGAACACCGAUGACCACUCUCCGGGCCUGAGCCUUCCCCCAGCACCCACCACCAGCACAGUGUAUCGUUUGGACCGUGUCAUCCACAGCGACCCAGCUGGCAUCCAGCAGGCUCUGGCUGAACUGGGCAGCCGCCACACAAAGCCAGCCUCCCCUGGCCCUGCCCAGCCUCCCUUCCUGGGGCCUGGAGGCAGCAACUCCUCUGCCCUCCCACUGCGACGCUUCGAGAGUAGGAACAGUGGCAGCGCAGACUCUUGCUUCCUGGACAAGAACCAGCUGCUUCUCUCUAGCAGUGCCCCAGUGAAGGAGUCCAGUGCAUUGGGUGGCUUUUCUGCAAAGCGCCGGGAGAGGCCCCGGAAGCAAGACCUGCUCCAGCAGGAACCCAUUCCCUUCCCCAGCGGCCCUGGCUUCUCGGCCCCCAAAGAGGAGACCCCCGGCAAACCUCGCAGCAGGAGCGUUCCGGUGUCCGAGGGGCUCGCCCCACAGAUCUGGAACCAGCUGAAUUCCAACUCCUCCCGAAAGAGCUACCGCCCUGCCUCUGUGGAGCCCUGGAUCGACCCUCUGAAUGCCUUCGAAGAGGUUGCUAGUACGGAGAUGAGCCUGUCUGACAGUGGGGUGGACCUCAGCAGCGACUCACAGGUCUCCUCAGCCACCUGCAGCCAGCGCAGCUCUCCUGACGGGGGUCUGAAGGCCACACCAGAUGCUGGGGCCAAGCGCAGCGGAGCCAUCGGCAAAAGUACCGAGGAUCCAGCCGCUGCAGCCGGACCGGAGGGAGCAGAGCCAAAAGAGCAGAGGAGGAGGCCCCCGCCAGCCAGAGACUCCAGUUUGCUGAAGGAGAAGAAGGUGAGCAGCUCCCCUGAGCCGCUGCCCCGCGACCACCCUCCCCCUGGUGCUAUUGGCACAGAGCGUUCCCAGCGAGUGGAGAAAGCAAAAGACAACAGCGCAGAGAGUCUGGGUGCGAUGACGUCCGAGCCAACCCCCCAGCUCGAGUCCCCCGGGGCCUGCCCACCCAUCCAGUUUGGCGCUAGCGAUAAGGAUGCUGACCUUCGCUUCAUGGUGAACGAAGGGCCGAAGCCAGACAAAGAGGAGCUGCACCAGGGACUUGCCGAGGGGCUGACCUCUGCCCCCAGGGAGUGGGAGCUGCUUCCGCCGGCACCUCCCAGCCACCGAGCUUCCCCCGAGGCGCCUCCUGGUCGCGGCUGCGAGGCCCGGCCAUUCCCUGUCGCCCCAGCAUCUUGCCUGCACAGCCUCCCAGCAGACACUUCCGUGUUCUCAGCAGGUGAGAGGGGCCAGGGUCAGCGGCUGUACCCGGAGCUGUUUUACGGGAACCAGGUCCAAGCUGCCCAGCUGGAUUCCCAGCUUCACGGUGCGAGUGGGGGCAGCAGCUACCGACCGAGCACCCCUUCUCUGCACACCUACAGGUCCCAGCACCUGUACCUCCAGCCCAGCCCAGCCCCCACUUCUCCCGCUCAGACGGCCGCGGGCACCGUCUUGCCCAGCUCCGCCUUGCUUUCGGGGGUGGCCCUCAAGGGGCAGUACGUGGAGAUAUCGGCCCUGCAGGCGGCGGAGCUUCCCAAGCUGCCAGCCACAGGCCUGCUGUACCAGGCUCCCCCUCCUUCCUUCAUCUACAGCUCAGCCUUCUGCAGCAGUCAGCUGGCUCCAGAGCAAGCCCUGCUUCAGGUGCGCCAAGAACUUGCAUCCCCCUCCGAGUUCUACCCUGCCGCCCUGGGGCAAGGCAGCCAGAGCAACUUCCUGACUGGCCCAGGCCCAGGCCAGCAGGUCCUUUUGCCCGUGGUGGAGCCGCCCCAGCUGCCCCCCGUGGUGAACUUUGGCUCCUUGCAGCAGGCGCCACCUUCUGCCCCUGCCCCUCCGCAGCCGCCGCCUCCCCCCAUGCCCCUGGUGUCCGUGGCCACCCAGGCUCUGCGGCCGCCCGGGCAGCUAGCCGGGCGCCUCGUCUCCCCAGCCGUGCGAGCGUUUCCUCACGGCGGAGUGGGCCGUAACGAGCUCCACGCUCUGGAAAUGAAGCCGCUACAAGAUUACAGGAAACUGAAUGGCCUGGGGUCUCCAGGGGCCCGGCCCCCCUCUGGGGGCAGGCCUUUCUCUGGAGGCUUUGGUGCCAGGCUGAAGUCCCCUGGUUCUGCCUACGGUGGUAUCUUCCGUGCCCAGCGCUUUGAGGUCUACCAGCAGUCGGACGUCCUUCGCUGGAACCCCCGCUCUUGGGAGCGAGCCGCUCCACCUCGUGACGGAACGCCAGCCCGCCGCCUUGAGCCAGACGUGCGCUCCCACACUGACAAGCAAGACCCCAGUCUCUCCAGCCACCACUAGCCAAGGAUGCUGAACCUUCCCUCCCCUUUUUGAUUCUGUUAACUUCCUCCCCCCUCUCCUCCCCAAGAUCGCGGGAGGGCUGUUUGCAGGGGUUUGUUCCCCCCCCCCCCCCCUUUUGGUGUAUCCUGAAUACGGGGUGUCUCCUUAAACUCCUUUUCUGUUUGUAUGGGGGGGUGACACUGGAAUUUGCCCCUUGGAGUAGGGGUGUUAGACACUUAGUGGGUGCUCAGAGUGUAAUUUGGGAGGGGGGCAAGGAUCAGGAUUUUGGGAGGCUCCCAGCUGAAUGUAUUUUUGCUUAUUUCCUUUGGUUUCACCUGAGUUUAUUUUUCUGGUAGGGGGCUCUGUUGCCCUUUGAUCUGAGGGGGGAGCAGCUCUGAGGUUUGGAGUGUAAAUAUAUAUAAAUAUGAACGUGUCGGGGGGGUCUCUCCUCUUCCCUCUUCUAUUUAUGGGGGCAGGGGGAGGUGAGACUGGGAGCCUGUCUCCUCUCCUAUUUGCUCCCCCGAGUUUGAAAUAGGAAGCAUUGAGUUUUUAAAAAGGUGGUCGAGCUGGUUUGUUUAAUAAAUAAAACCAAAAAAGUUGUUUAAAAAAAAAACCAAUAAAAUAAAAAGUCAGACUGUG